AUGGCGAGCCAGUUCGGGGCCAUCCGGGUGGGGGUCUCUCUGGAUAUCCAGAGGAGCGACGGCCGCGUUCACCUAGCCCUGGUCACGGCGCUGCACGAGGACUCCAGCAGCGUGACGGUGGAGUGGGCCGAGAACGGGGCCAGCAAGGGCAAAAAGGUGGAGCUGGGCCUGGCCUUCGCGCUCAACCCCCACCUGGCCCCGCCGGGGAUCCCCACCCCGCCCUUGGAGCGAGGGGACAGCCCCAGCCCCCCUGCCAACUACGUGGUGACCCCCAUCACGAAGGAGAAGCCGAGCGGGGACAGCGUGGAGCGCGCGCCCAAAAGAGUGGCCGCGGCUGGCCGGGCCAGCCCGAGCGCGCGGCACAAAUCCCCCUGCGUGCUGGAGGUGGAGCGCCUGCGCGAGCGGCGGGAGAAGCGUCGCCAGGAGGUGCUGGAGCGGCGAGCCCAGCGCGAAGCCGGCCACGUGCGCGCCGACGCCAUCGCCAUGAUCGACGGCUAUCGAGCCGCUUUGAUGCGCGACGGGGCGGAGCCCGCCCCGCUGGCCCAAGCCUGUCCCGCUGAAGGCGGCGGCGGCGGCAGCGGCAACUCCCGCAAGAUAUCUGUCUGUGUGCGCAAGAGGCCGCUCAACGACCGGGAGGCCGACUUGGACGUGGUCACGAUCCCCUGCCCCGAUGUGGUGGUGGUGCACGAGGCCAGGCAGAGGUUCGACCUGACGCGCUACCUGGAGAACCAGACCUUCCGCUUCGACCGCGCCUUCGACGAGGCUGCCACCAACGAAAGCGUCUACCAGCACACGGCCCAGCCGCUGGUGGAGACCCUCUUCCGGGGAGGCACGGCCACUUGCUUUGCCUACGGCCAGACCGGCAGCGGCAAGACCCACACCAUGGGCGGUGACUUCUCCGGCAAAACCCAGGAGUCUUCCAAAGGGAUCUACGCCAUGGUGGCCAGGGAUGUUUUCUGCAAGCUGCAGGAGGCUGCUUACGAGAUGAUGGAGCUCCAAGUCUUUGGGGCUUUCUUCGAGAUCUACUGGGGUAAGGUCUAUGAUCUGCUCAACUGGAAGAACCCGCUCAAGGUGCUGGAGGACAGCAACCAACAGGUUCAGGUGGUUGGGUUACUGGAACAGGAAGUGGUUUGCGUAGAGAAUGUAAUGAAGCUUAUUGAGAUAGGGAACAGGUGCCGGACGUCCGGGCAGACCUCUGCAAACACCCAUUCCUCACGAAGCCACGCUGUUUUCCAGAUCAUCCUCAAGAGGAAAGGGAGACUGUACGGGAAGUUUUCCUUGGUUGACUUGGCUGGCAAUGAGAGAGGAGCAGAUACUUCCAGUGCGGACAGGCAAACCAGGCUGGAGGGAGCAGAGAUCAACAAAAGUCUCUUGGCAUUGAAAGAAUGCAUAAGGGCCUUGGGGCGCAACAAAGGCCACACUCCUUUUCGAGCCAGCAAGCUUACCCAGGUGUUGAGGGAUUCGUUCGUUGGGGAAAACUCAUGCACUUGCAUGAUAGCCACAAUUUCCCCUGGGAUGAAGUCAUACGAGCACACGCUCAACACGCUGAGGUAUGCCAACCGUGUGAAAGAACUCUCCGUGGACCCAAAUGCUUUCAAGCAAUUUCAUCGUAUUGUGCCCAGAUCAGUCUGCCAGCUUGAUGACUUGGCAAAGCCAUGGCCCAUUGAAAGCUUGCCCGAGACAGACGAGUUCAAAGUGUUUUGUGUUCAGAAAGAGGGCCAGGUCUCUCCACAGUCGCUUACGUUUGUUAGAAGAUCAAAAGACCAGAAGAAAAGGAAGGGGGUUGAUGAGAGAAUACUAGUGGAGGAUCGCAAGGAGUCUCUCCAGUGGCUGAAAGCAUUCCUUCAUAUGGCUGAAAAAAUAGAGUACGACAUGGAUUUUUACGCAGCACAGUUUGAGUCUGUGCUGGCCCAGAAGAUUGCUGUUCUGUCGGAGAUCCAAGAUCAAUUGAAAUCUUUCCGCUCAAAUCUUCAUAACGAAGAACUGGGAAAUGGGCACAUAGUCAUGAAGAAAUCUCGUAUUCUGUGA